AUGAAUGCACUUCACCCGAAGCAAUGAAGGUACCUCCCAGGUUGUUGAAUGUUGCAGAAGAAUAACCGACUCCCGUGGCUUGUUUCAGCGAAUUGGAUGCGGCAAGAGGGGCACACGGUGGGUCUCAACAAUCUCAGCCUCUGAACAACCUGCGCAUCCUUCCCAUUUCCCAGGGACCGCUGGGCUGAAGCCGGCUGUGGAAGGUUAUAGACAGGCGGGGACAGUGAAGUGCUUCGCCAUGCUGGAUUGCCGGCUUUAGGUUAUAAAAAGAUCCCACCCGCUCUUGAUACGAGCUCUGAUUGUUUUUCUGUAAUUAUAAGUAUUCAACUUGAAGACAAUUGAGCCAAGUUGCAGUCACGUUUUCGCUCAACCGCCAACUUGACCGGCUACCUAACAGCACGAAGUACCUAAACACACUACACACCAUGGACGCAGUCAGUGCCCCGCAGGAGACCACCGCCGACCAAGUGUCACAACUACGGGACGAGUACACAAACGCAGGGCAAGGUCAAGUAUUUGCCUUUUGGGACUCGCUCUCGAACGCAGAGAAGGCGUCGCUGUACUCGCAGCUCAAGGCGCUUCCCAAACCGGCCGAAAUCAACAAAAUCGCAACCCAAACCCUUGCGCCAGCGACCGAUGAUGGCGAGCCGUCGCUUGAACCCCUUCCGGAGUCGGCCAACGCAAGCAUUAUGGAUUCCAAGCCCGAAGACAUUGAGCGGUGGUACCAGUACGGUCUCGACCUGAUUGCCGCAAAUAAGGUUGCCGUGGUACUCAUGGCAGGCGGUCAGGGCACCCGCCUGGGUAGCUCGGACCCCAAGGGCUGCUUCGACAUUGGUCUGCCGUCUAAGAAGUCGCUGUUCCAAAUCCAGGCCGAGCGCAUCCGCAAGAUCGAGGAGCUGGCGGCCCAGAAGGCCGGCGCCCGGGCCAAAGUCACCGUCCCAUGGUAUGUCAUGACGUCUGGGCCGACCCGCGGACCCACCGAGAAGUUCUUCGAGGACCACAACUACUUUGGGUUGUCCAAGGAGAAUGUCGAGAUCUUCGAGCAGGGCGUCCUCCCUUGCAUCACCAAGGAUGGCAAGAUCAUGCUCGAGAGCAAGGCCAAGGUGGCUGUGGCGCCUGACGGCAACGGUGGCAUCUACAAGGCUCUUGCAGUGUCCGGGAUACUGGACAAAAUGAAGCAUCGCGGCAUUGAGCACAUCCAUGCCUACUGCGUCGACAACUGCCUUGUGAAAGUGGCCGAUCCCGUGUUCAUUGGCUUUUCCGCAUCCAAGAACGUCGACAUUGCUACCAAGGUUGUCCGCAAGCGCAACGCGACCGAGAGCGUUGGUCUGAUCCUGUGCAAGAACGGCCGGCCGGACGUGGUUGAGUACAGUGAGAUCUCCCCGGAGAUCGCGAGAGAGGAGGACCCCAAGCAGCCCGGCGUGCUCAAGUUCCGCGCCGCCAAUAUCGUCAACCACUACUACUCGUUCCGCUUCCUCGCCCACAGUGAAGAGCUGGCCGCGAGCCUCCCGCACCACGUGGCCCACAAGAAGAUCCCCUUUGCCGACCCUCGAACCGGAGAAACCGUCAAGGCGACGGCAAAUAACGGCAUCAAGCUGGAGCAGUUUGUUUUUGACGUCUUCCCCAGGCUGGAGCUGUCCAAGUUUGCUUGCAUGGAGGUUCGACGCGAGGAUGAGUUCAGCCCGCUCAAGAACGGGCCCGGCAGCACCGAGGACAAUGCCGUCACAAGCAGGCGCGACAUCAUGGCCCAAGGCAAGCGCUGGGUCGAGGCCGCGGGCGCCACUGUCGUUGGCGACGAUUCCGAGGCGGGCGUCGAAGUGAGCCCCCUGAAGAGUUAUGGUGGCGAGGGCCUCAGGGAGUUUGCGGGCAAGCAGGUCCCUGCCGGUUCUCUUAUUGAG